AUGGGCUCCCAUCUAACCGUGCCGAGGCCCCCCCCUCUCAAAACGUGUUUGCCGAUCCCCGCCACUCAACGUGCCUCUUCGCCAGCCUGUCAGGUCAGGUCACCCAGAGAAACUCUGAGAGCUUGCAGAGAGGUAGGGUGGCGAGCUGGCGAAACGGGGGAAGCAUACACAGUAGAAAAGAAAAGGCACCUUUCAGCCCUAAACUCAAUGCUACUCGGCAUACUGCGACAGCUGCCCCUAGAAGGCAUCUUCCCACGGCGAUCGCGUUUCCACUGGUACUCCUGCCACACGAUCACCGUCGCAUUCCAGGUGACAGAGUCCGCAGAUCUGAAUAUCGCCCCGCGCGAUAAACCUCUCCAGUGGUCUCUUGUGGUGAUAGAUGCCCCUUUCGCCGCCAGAAGAGUAAUCUUCUCCCUGCCGAUCGCGGAAACAAGCCAGGGGCAAGCUUCUGUCUCGCGUGGCGACAGCUCGCCGCCUGGCCACCCGUAG